CAACGCGUCCAACAUCGCGCCACCAUGGACGACAAAGGCAACACCCUGAUCAAAGCGAAACCCCGCCCCGGCGUGAAGGGCAUCAACCGCGUCCUCGUCACCGGCGGCGCCGGGUUCGUGGGAUCGCACCUCAUCGAUUUCCUCAUGAAGCGCGGCGAUCACGUCAUGUGCCUCGACAACUUCUUCACCGGCUCCAGAGAUAACAUCGCGCAUCACAUCGGCAACCCGCGCUUCGAGGUCAUCCGCCACGACGUCGUCGAGCCCAUCCUCCUCGAGUGCGACCAGGUCUACCACCUCGCGUGCCCGGCGUCGCCCGUGCACUACAAGUUCAACCCCGUGAAGACGAUCAAGACGAACGUCAUAGGCACGCUCAACAUGCUCGGCCUCGCGAAGCGCGUCAAGGCGCGCUUCCUGCUCACGUCCACCUCCGAGGUGUACGGCGACCCGCUGCAGCACCCGCAGACGGAGGAGUACUGGGGGAACGUCAACCCGAUCGGCGAGCGGUCGUGCUACGACGAGGGCAAGCGGUGCGCGGAGACGUUGGCUUUCGAUUACUACCGCGAGCACGGGCUCGAGAUUCGCGUCGCGCGCAUCUUCAACACGUACGGCCCGCGGAUGGCGUUAGACGACGGACGCGUGGUGUCCAACUUUGUGAAGCAAGCGAUAGAGAACACGCCGAUGACAAUCUACGGCGACGGCUCGCAGACGCGGUCGUUUCAGUACGUGAGCGAUCUGGUCGCCGGGCUGGUCGCGCUCAUGGACGGCGAGCACACGGGCCCGAUCAACAUCGGGAACCCCGGGGAGUUCACGAUGAAGGAGCUCGCGGAUAAGGUGCGCGAGGUCGUGAACCCGGACGCGACGACGGUGUUCAAGGAGAACACGAGCGACGAUCCGGGACGGCGGAAGCCGGACAUCUCCAAGGCGAAGAAGCUGUUGAACUGGGAGCCGAAGGUGCCGCUGAUCGAGGGGUUGAAGCUGAUGGAGCCGGACUUCAGAAAGCGCUUGAGCGGCGGCGACGAGCCCGCGGCGAAGAAGCAGAAGGCGUAG